AUGUCAACGACUUCACGCUUGAAAAAUGUUAAUUCGAGACAUAAAGAGAUUGACUUUAAAGCUGAUAAAAAUGGUUUAAGAAAUACUGUUUUCUCAGUUAAUGGUGAUAAAUACAUAGGUGAAUGGAAACACAACAAGCGUCAUGGUUUCGGCAUAUACGAAUGGAAAAAACCAAACCUUGUUUAUGAAGGUAAUUGGGAGAACAAUAUGCGUAGUGGAUCUGGUGUUUUGAGUAGGAAAUUUAGGAAUGGGAAACAAAUAAAUGUUUACUCAGGAUCCUGGAAAUACGACAAACGCCAUGGUUAUGGAAACAACUGGUAUUCAGAUAAUAAAAUAUACGAAGGUGAAUGGUACGAUGGAAAACGUUCUGGAUGGGGAAGAAUGUACUACCCUGAUGGAAGCAUUUAUGAGGGACAGUGGUUUAAUGAUAAACGGCAUGGAGAUGGGAUGCUUAGAUUGGCAAAUGAAAAUAGAUUUGAAGGACAGUGGUUAAAUGACAAGAAGAACGGAGUAGGGAAAUAUUUCUUCCUUAAUACUGGCCAACUGAUGGAGGGAAUAUGGUGUGAUGAUGUACCAAAAUCUUCCCAAAUUCUGGACCUCGGAAGGCAAGUAGCGAAAAGUCCAACGGAGUCCGAAAUACCAGAGAUAAAAUUAAAAGACCCUAAUGGUAUCCUCAAGAAAGUGCAAGAGAAGCUGAUGGAAAUAAUACGUACCAACAACCCAGAGAGUUCCUGA